AAUUGAAUCCCAAGCAGAUAUUAUCACUUCCUACCAGCAUAUUGAAAAUAACUAGACCACGAAAAAUGUCGGAAAUUGAGAUUUACAAUGAUUCUAUUCAGUUCGUGUGUGAUCUGUGCUCGUUACGGUAUUCCACGUUCGAAAUUUUGAUGACUCACAACCGGAUCAAACAUUACCACUCGAUACGUUUUCGAUGCGGAUUUUGCAACGAAGCCUUCAUGAACGAGGACGAUCUUCACUGUCAUUUCAUUCUCACGCAUCGAGUCGAUCCGUACAACCUGGAGAACAGUCAGAUGGUCCACCACAGGAAAUCGAUUCAUCAAAUGGUGUUGAGUGAGGACGAAAAACAACGGAUCAUGACUCGGUGCGAUUGUUCCGACAUCGACGGUAUGAAUCACGAAGGGUUGCUGACCGAUCAGGAACUGAAUGAUUUGGAUGAGUUCGAACAGCUAGAACUGAACUACAAUGAACUGUUCAAGCAGCGCAAGCAAAGUGUGAUGACUCAGGAGGAAAUUAUGGAACUGACGGAUGUUUUCAAGAAACCUGCUGAAGCGAUGUGUAUUUCGAAAAUGCACUUCUAGGUGGUCCGUUCGUGUUACUGUGCUUUGUAGUGGACGCGCAAAAUUUGAUGCGUCGGCACAGUUUUGAAGGUGCUAAUUUUUGGGCUGGAUCCAAUACGCAUCGUGUUCAAACAGGCUUUAUUUCGUAGUGUACAUGCUAAUAUAACUGUUAUUGAGGCUGACGUCAGUUCUUUUAUAAACUAUACCAAUGUGACCGUCUAACGGAGUUAUUUUUAAGUGUAAAUAUAAGUUCAGUUAUAAAUGAAAAAA